GAUGCAUAUCGCCAGUAUCGUACUCAUUCUUUGCUUUAUUCAUGCAGGCCAGGUGGUUACACCGGAAAUACCUGGCAUAGAUAGAUUUGUAGAGGGCAUGUGGAAUCUUACCACGCAAGCCACUUGGCACAUAUCGCAAACACUUUCCAGUGUUGACGAGAAGGUUUUUAAUCUUACGGCCUCUCUCGCCACCAGCAGUGUAUGUGCCUUGGACUCUCUGUUCAGAUUUGUUCUUGAGGUCUGUUCAGACGUUCAUUCAUUAGUGGUUGAUGUUCUGGACUCUAUCAAGACAUUUUUAGUUCAGUUCAGUGAUAAAGUCAAGAUUUCGGCAUUCCAUCUAGAGUACUUUUGCACUUACAUGUAUGAUGACAUUGUCAGCAGUUUUUCGUCUGUGCAUUCGUCUCUCUUUGGAUUCGGCUUGGAUUUUGCUCAGCAAAUUCUUUCUCUGUCAGUUCAGAAAUUCUCUCUCGUCAGUGAUAUCAUAUCUUUCACCUCAACAAAAGGUUUCUUACGUCUGUGGGCAGUCUUCUGCUUCUUGGUUUUGUGUGUGGCCAUUGUAUGCAUGGCGUUUGAAUUCUUGGGGCGCCUUGAUGCAAUGCACAAGACGGUAGCCAGUCUUGCAGAAGAAAACAGACAGUUGAUGUGUAAGAUUAAUGCUGAAUUUAAAGCAAUAGAAGAGCAAAGAAAGGAGAAAGAGAAAGCUAUAAGCGACAUUGAAAGACAAUCCAAAGCCUUGUCCAUGUGGCUAAACGUCUAUGUGUCUGGCUUGAUUAACAGGCUCGAAAAGCAGUCUGCAGGCAGCCAGUUUGUUCGUCGCUCUUUGAAAUCCCAGAAAUUAUUAUGAACGAACAAUUUCUUUACAGAUGUGAAUGUCUGUUAAACCAUUGUUUUAUCACUGAUUAAAUAUUGUUGAA